AUGGAUCCUUUUGAACUUUUGGAACCUGUUGACAUUAUUCCAAAACUUCCUGCUGAUUUAGACACAAAUUUGGCAAGUAAAAAGUGGCAGGAACGUAAAACUACAUUAGAUGCUGUUCACGAAAUUUUGUUGAAAAAUCCAAAAUUGGUUGAUAACCCAGAUUGUGGAGAUUUGAUUGAUAAGCUUACAAAGCAUGCCUCUGACUCCGAUCCUGAGGUUCGUGAUGCCUCGUGUGCUGCUUUGGGUGCUAUACAAAAAUGUAUCGGUGAAAGUGCACUUGCAGUUUUCCUAGGUGCUGAAAUUGUUAAAGAUUCCACAAAGAUGUCAAAGAUUGCUGAAUAUCGUGAAAAGGCUGUCGUUGAAGCUGAAAGUCAAAAGGUUCUUAAAUCUGACGCAAAUAUUAAUUGUGCUGCUGUUGCUGCUAAAUGUCUUACUGGAAUGGCUAAAGGAUUACGCAACAAAUUUGGACCUCAUACAGCUUCAUUAUCUCCAAUUAUAUUUGACAAAUUCAAAGAGAAGAAGCCUCAUCUUCGUGAUCCUUUGAUUGAAUUAAUUGACGCUGUUUUUGCUACCACGACUUUAAACAACCUCUCAGCUAGUAUUUUGGAAGCAGCUAAAAAGCCCAAUCCAAGCCAGAAAUCUCAACUUGAUCAUUUCAUCUACAGAACAUUUCGGUCGCUUAACAGCAAGGAUAUUCCUAAAGGGCUUUUAAAGGAUUUGGUUGCGUCAUUGACUAAUCACGCCUCUGACUCCGAUCCAGAAGUUCGUGAUGCUUCUUGUGCUGCAUUGGGUGCUAUACAAAAAUGUAUCGGUGAAAGUGCACUUGCAGUUUUCCUAGGUGCUGAAAUUGUUAAGGAUUCCACAAAAAUGUCAAAGAUUGCUGAAUAUCGUGAAAAGGCCAUUUCUGAAGGUCCUAGUACCAAAAUUGAGUCUGUAAAGUCUGUCGUUGCAGCACCACCACCUCCUAAUGUCAAAAAGGCUGAUGAAAACAAAGCUAAAGUGCAGAACAAUACUACUAAACCGACAACUGCUGCUGCUUCUAACAAUAAACCCGAAUCUGUUCCUGAUUCUGUUGAGAAUUCUGAAGAUGAUGCCUCUACUCAAGUUCAACAACCCAACCAGAAGAAAGCUGUUAAAAAUUCUAAACAACAACAGAAACCUGAACAGCCCAAAGUUGAGCCAAAAGUUGAAGUUUUGGAACCUGAAUUUUUGUUAUUAUUUAAAAGUGAUAGGGCUUUGCGACUUAAAGAGGAAAAGGCUCUUAAGACUUUAAAAUGGAACUUUGACACACCUACGGCAGAACAUUUAGAACAAUUAACUAAUUCCUUGACUUCUGUGACAAAACCUCCGUUGACUGGACAGUUGUUUAAUAAGGAUUUUAAACAACAAAUUAAAGCUAUUGAAUAUCUUAAUGAGGUUUGUGUGAAAUUUUUGUUUUUUCAAGCGAGCCUCUUUAUAAGAUACCCUCAAUGCUAG